UGUGAAUUGAAGUAGGAGCUCCAUGGACCCUAUGAAUCUGCGCCGGCAUGUGUUGGGUUGCUCAGAUAUUCUGCUGUCAUUUAUACCUUUCAAUGAAGUAUUGGUCCAGUUGUCCAAAUCAUGUGAUUCAGCUGUUCCAAUCCCCUCCAUAUCAUGUGAUUCAGCUGUUCCAAUCCCCUCCAUAUCAUGUGAUUCAGGUGUUCCAAUCCCCUCCAUAUCAUGUGAUUCAGGUGUUCCAAUCCCCUCCAUAUCAUGUGAUUCAGGUGUUCCAAUCCCCUCCAUAUCAUGUGAUUCAGGUGUUCCAAUCCCCUCCAUAUCAUGUGAUUCAGGUGUUCCAAUCCCCUCCAUAUCAUGUGAUUCAGGUGUUCCAAUCCCCCCUAUCAUGGACACAGGUGUAUACAAUCAAUCCCCUAGGCAU